AUGUUGGAAUUCUACCCUCCGUUACCGGGUACUCUGGGCCGCCAGGGCGACACGGAACCACCGACGAUGGGCUCCUCCGCGAGGCAAAUCAGGUUCCGACCGGCGAACGACAACAAUAACGCAGAGCCGUCGGUUUCGGUGAAGACGGAGUCCGGCCUCCUGGAGACGAUCUGCGCCGGCUGUGGUCGCACCAUAGCCGACAAAUACAUGAUGCAAGUAGCCGGCAGGAACUACCACGAGGAGUGCGUGUCCUGCACGGCCUGCGCCGCUCCGCUGAUCCACUCGUGCUUCGUUCGCGAGCUGAAGCUCUACUGUCGCACCGACUACGAGAGGAUCUUCGGUGUGAAGUGUGCGCGAUGCAUGGAGAAGAUCAGCUGCUCCGACUUCGUUCUACGCUCGCCGGGGCUGGUCUUUCACGUCGAGUGUUUCGCGUGUUGCAUGUGCGGACAACCGUUGCCUCCCGGUACCCAGUACUUCCUCAGGCAGGGACAGCCGAUCUGCAGACGGGACUACGAGCACGAACUGUACCUGAACAGUCCCCAAGAUGACGACUUACUGGACGAGAACCGGCCCCGUGACGGCCGUAGGGGCCCAAAACGGCCGCGAACGAUCCUCACGUCCGCCCAGAGGCGUCAGUUCAAAGCCUCGUUCGAGAUCUCCCCGAAGCCGUGCAGGAAGGUGCGCGAAGCCCUGGCGAAGGACACCGGUCUCAGCGUGCGGGUGGUGCAGGUCUGGUUCCAAAAUCAACGGGCGAAGAUGAAGAAGCUGCAGAGGAAGGCGAAAACAGAGCCUGGGUCCGACAAGGAGCCGAAGGAGGAACGACGAACGGAGAGCCCUCACAGCGACCACAGUCAUUACUUGAACGCCAUGAACAUGCGCGACGGGGAAUCUUCUAGCUUCCCCUCGGCCACCCAACCGCUCAACCCCAAUAACCCGUACUCGCCCGACGACGCGUAUCCUGGCCAUUCGGGGGAGAGUUUUUGCAGCAGCGAUUUGUCGUUGGACGGGACGGAGGCUGGUUUCGACAUAGGAGAGAGCGAGGGCGGCGGUGGACAGGACGGAAGCCAUCAGGGUGGUUCCCACUCGCACCACGGGCCUACGUCGCACGAGGCGCCAUCUUUGUCGCAGAGUUUGCACGCUGCGAUUCACAACCCCAUCGAUAAACUGUUCAUGAUGCAGAGUAGUUACUUCAGUGGUGACCACGCGUAA